AUGCCGGAAGUGAAGAAAAUCACCGUAGAGAGCAACUGGCUCAACCUCAACGGCGGUCUGCUCGAGGCGCCCUUCUACGAAAAAGACCGCAACAGCUUGCGUUUUGUCGAUGUCGUCAAGAAGCGCAUCUACGUCGUUGAUCUGGCCGUCGGUCCUUCCAGCCUGAAGCAAUUCGACCUCGAGGCUUCAGUUGGAAUCACAGCCGACAUUGAAGGCAAUGACAAUGAGAUCAUCGUUGGUGGCAAACGCGGAUACGGUCUCUUCAACCGUACCACUGGCGAGCACCGAUUGAUCAAGGAGAUGUGGAACGACGAUGAGCGCAAGGAUGACGGCGGUGGCAAGCCCAAGGUCGGAAAGCACAAGGAGGACCGCAUGCGUUCCAACGACGGUGCUGUCGAUGCCAAAGGACGCUUCUACGUUGGUGCAAUGAACGACCCUGCUCUUGUCGGUGAAGGUUUUACAGAUGAAGGCGUCAUCUUCCGUCUGGACCCAGACCUGUCCAUCCACCGCGUCAUCCAACCCGUAACGAUCCCCAACGGUAUGUCCUGGAGCCCAGACAACAAAACCAUCUACGUUACCGAUUCCCCCUCCCGCAAAAUCAUGGCCUACCCCUACGACCUCGAAACCGGCGCCAUCGCGCUCGACCAAGGAAAAGUGUUCUUCGAAUGCCCCUUCGAAGGCUGCGUGCCGGACGGCCACGUCCGUGACGAAAACGACAACUUCUGGAUCGCUUUCUUCGGCUCCCACAAAGUCCUGCAGGUCAACCAGCAGGGGGAGGUUCUCACCGAAAUCACUCUGCCGGCGCGGUGCGUCACUUGUCCGACUAUCUGCGGCACGGAACUUUUCGUCACUUCGGCUCAGGAGCAGGAUCCGGAGAAAUACCCCGAGAGCGCGAAGAAUCAGGGAUCCGUGUUCAAGGUGGAUAUUGGGGUGAGGGGACGACCGCUCAAUAAGUUCCGUUUGAACGCUAGCGUUUGA